AUGGACCUGGUGGAAAAAGGCCUGCAAUUAUUCGAGCGAGGCAAAUACCGAGAGGCCGAGCACGUGCUCUCCAGAGCAGUUGGCAUUGCACAGGUCGAGCUGAAAAAGGGAGAAACCCAUUGGCGCAGUAAGCUGGGAUUACUGCUUGACUCGCGUGCAGCGUGCUAUCAAAAGCUGGGUGACCUGGACGCCGCCUUGCAAGACGCGCGCCAGCAGCUGGCUCUCGAGCCGUACAAGUGCAAGAGCUAUUUGCGGGCAUCGAAAAUACACAGUCUGGCGGGGCGCAACAAGGACGCACUAGAAGUGCUCGAGGCAGGUAUUCGUCGCCUGGAGCGCGGCAAGGUCAAGUACGGAAGCCGGCUUCAGAUCAACGAGCGCCUAUUCGAGAAGAUGAGGGCAGAAUUUGACCAACUGCAUCAGAAAAUGCUCUCGGACCCUCCUGCAAAGCGGAGGAAAGUGAAGUCCUACGAUCCACUAGAUUACCUGCCUUUCGAGCUCCAGGCCACAAUUUUCUCGCACCUGGACCAGCCCAGCAUCCUGAACUGUAUCCUGGUGAGCCGCAAAUGGAAACAAUCGAUUGCAAAUAUGCCAAGACUACUGCACAGUCCCGUUCUGAAACGACAGCUAUCUCUUAAAGACUUUGUGAAGUUUCUCAACUUUUGCAGGUCGCGCCAGUGUCGCUCCUUCGAGACGUUAUCGCUUUCACUGCGCGCGGCAGAGGAGUCCAGCAUGCUCAAGCAGCUGUUGUCGAGCGGCUUUGAGGUCAAGAAGUUGAACUUGAGUUUGGCCAAUCACGACAAUUUCGAGCUAGCUAAACUUCUCGGCAAUAUCACGACAGGCCGGAAAAUGUUCGCUGGAUUGAAAGAACUGUCUCUCUCGUUGCCUGUCGUGGAGAACGGAGCUGGAAUGACAGAGCUGCUUGGCUUUCUGGGGCCAGAUAUGACCAGACUGAACAUAGUUAUCACAGACUUGGUUGUCUCGAAGCUGGUCCGACGCGAGCCUAGCAAAAUCAAUUUGCCCCAACUUAGCAGGUUGGCCAUCGUGGUGCGUCCCAAGCUGCACGAGAAGCUUAACAAACGGCUGAUGCGAGUGCUAUUUGCGAACUUCACAGCCGACAACGUGCAGAGUCUCCAACUAAUCAAUUGCGACACGGAGGCUGCUACCAUGGAAAAAAUGUUGCUUCGCUUGGAAAGGCUGGAACAUUUCUUAGCGGAAUGCUGUGGGGCUCUGACUUUGGGAGAAUAUCUAAGAUGGCUCUCCCGGAACAGACUGCGUCUGGAGAGUCUAGCCGUACGGGAAAGUACGCUCCAGCGGCCUUCCAGCUCUGUCUCGGACACAGAUCUGCGUUUUCUGGCGCGGCUGAAGUCCCUAAGUUUAGAGAACACCUCGCUCAACUUCCACCAGUUAUUCCUGCUCCUGCAGAGCACAAACCACCAGCUGCGACACCUCAAGCUCAAGGCCAAUUACAAGCUUAUUUUUGCACGCAGUGCAUUCGACACUCGCGUCCCGAAUGUAACCACUCGUCCGGUAAAUUUCCGCGAGUUUCUGCAAGCGGUGCCGCAGUUGGAGUCUCUGGCACUUGUCCAAUGCACCAAUCUCACCGACUCAGCAUUGCGAAGCCUUUCAACGGAAAUGGUGAACACCUCGUGCCCAAAGGGACUGAAGAUGCUGGAUGUCUCUGCAAACGAGGUGAGCGGCGUUGGAAUCAUUGACUUGUUUCAGAGGCCCAGAAGUUGGCUCCGGCUAGACCAGCUCCUGGCCCACGGAUGCGAUUUGCAUCCUGACACCUUGUCGCUUCUCGUCCGCCGAGGCUAUUGUCGGGAUGUACAGAGCUUAGCCUAG